CAUAUAAAUCACAGUUUUAAACCUUAUAAAAAAUUUAAGAAAAUUCAACAAAUUUUCAUCUAAAUAUCAACUUUUUAAUGUGAAUCUUUGGAGUGAUUUUUGAGUUUUUUUUUUUUGGUGACGGAUUUUCUAAAGAUUGAGAUUAAAAAGUUAAAAUUUUGAUGAAAAAUACACUUUAAAAACGCAUGAGAUCUGAUAAUUUUUCUUCCUAUGUACAUCUGUAUACAACUUUAGGUUUUCUUAGUGCCUUUGCAACGGUGUAUCAUUUAUAUAAAUCGUUAAUAAAGUUUUCUUUUUAUUUUCAGAAAUAAGAGAUUUACAAAAUGAGUGACAAAUUUUAUGGUAUCUUCCCAACCGACGAUGCGGCUUACUCCAACUACGCUGCUGUACUUCAUCAACAGCAACAGCCAACGCAACCCCAACAGCCUGAUCUAAACUCAUGCACUGCCGAAGUAUGCAAUUAUUACAACUCGACGCCUGCCAAUACUAAUAGCAACGUUGCCGCCGCCACAGCUGCUGGUAACACAAAUGGUUUCAAUGCUUCCGUUGCCGCCACGCACAGUCGUCUGAUUGGACCAGCAUUGCGCUACUACGGCAGUGGGGGUAAUCAAGCGUGUAACGGGCAGCAGCAGCAGCAACAGUUGAUCUACAGCGGCGGACUUAUGUCCCAACAUACUGCUCUAGCUGAUAAUGCUGCAUACACUAUUCCGCCUAGCGCUCUAAUAGCCGCUGGUCCAAGCUGUAGCGGGGCCGCAGCCACGAUAUCAUACACUUAUAAUCGCAAUCGCUAUAUGCCUUAUAGCCGCACCACCAACGCUACGGCAACUGCAACAUAUCCACUUAGUAGCACGCUUGCAUUGCAAACAGCUAUGCCGAGAGGUGGCAGCAGCAGCCUACCAGUCACCACCGCUAUGAAUGCCAACGCACAACAGAAUUACUCUACAUACCAGCAAUUUGCGAAUAUUUAUCAGAAUUAUCCGAAUUUAUUUGGUGGCCCACCGCUUAUGGGUGGUAGUUCAGCGGCAGCGGCAGCGGCAGCUAUUGCUUCAGCUGACAGCGGCAGCAUCAAGAAUUCUAAUACUAUGACAGAGAUGAAUAGGCGCGCAGCAGUGUCGAAUGUCAAUGGUGAGACGGUGGCAUGUAGCGCGGGCACGCGUCGUGUUGUCAGCGGUGCCGCGGCGAUCGCUGUUGCUGCAGAUGCCAAUACCACUGCGAUUACGGAUGCUAAUAAUAAUGGUGUAGUUGCUGUGGUAAAUGGCGAAAACGGCUGUCAGGUGUGCAGUAGCAGCAGCAAUCAGUCGGUGACACUACAAAUUACCAAUCUGGAUUAUACUAUGGAGGAAGCGAGUUUGCGUAACUUCCUAAUGGGACAGUUGAAACCAAUAACUCCGGUGCUUUCCUUGACCUUCGAAGGGAAUUCUUAUGCCAAAGUCACUGUACCCGAUAUGUUUUUCGCAAAGCAGGUGGUCUCGAAUUUGCAUCGCAAGAAAAUCGGUCACAAACGCAUGUUGGUCUCGUAUACGCGCGACUCUUCACUCACGGAAAUCAAUACGUUGCGUUGUCAAGUAGCUGGACUGCUUAAGGAUGUACCAUAUUACACAUUGCCAAUGUAUAAGUUCCGCGAGCUCUUCCAGGCGCGUUUUAAGACUUCAAUAAGCGUAUUAGAUCUCUACAAAAUGCCCGAUAUUUGUACGAUAAGCGUCGAUGAGAGCGAAGAGAAAUUCAUCAGCCUACAAUCGGGCGUCAUAAGUUCGUUGGAGAACUCACCGUUAAUGGAGGGCCUGCAGCAUAGUGUACCCUAUUGUACUGCGCAUUUCAAGCGUGAGCAACAUAAGGGCUGGGCUGAGCAGGACAUUGAACCGUUACCGAACGUUUGGAUGACCAUAACGGAAAUACAAAAAAUUAUCUAUCCACUGUUGAAGAAUCACCCUGGCGAUGUACCGGUCGCCACGUUGGUGCACUGCAUUUCCGCUCAAAUGAAUACCGAAAUAACAGCAAAUGAAAAUGGUGUCAACUUAGAGCACUUGGUAUGCUGUGUGCAGGGCAUACAGAUACAGGUCAACAAUUUUGGCAUUAAAAUUUUAGGCUGGUUGAAGUUGGAUAAGGAAAAUUACGCGAAUUAUAAUGGUUCGCUUAACGCUGGUGUUGGCGCCAGCAGCGCUAGUUCAGCAACACUGGAGCGUAGUUUGUAUGCCAAGUCUGCGUGCUCCAUUAGUGAUCCACUGUAUCAGAUUUCGCGUGAGGUCAUAGAGCUGGUGAAGAUGUCACCAAAGUCUACCAUGAAGUUCAAUCGCUUCAUACCAGCCUAUCACAAUCAUUUCGGCAAGCAAUGCCGCGUAGCCGAUUAUGGGUACACCAAGUUAAUCGAACUAUUCGAAGCGCUCGCCACCGUCGUGCAGAUCAUCGGCGAUGGCGAGAAUCGGCUAAUCACCUUAACACAUCGCACUCAACUGCGACGCUUCACCUCCGACUUGCUACGCAUACUACGCGCUAACGGCAACAAAUCGGUGCUAUUGUCGCAAUUGCCAACAAUCUUCGCGCUCACGCAGAAUCGCAGCUUCGAUGUGACCGACUAUGGCGUAUGCGACAUACGCGACAUCUUGGACGGUUUGGCUAAUUCGAAUGUUGUCGUAAUGUCGCGUGUACAAAACGGCGAUGAUAUGCUUAUUUCGAUGCCGAAGCGCAAGCAAACCAGCGCUGAGCUGGAGAAGACCAUUCUCUUUGCUGGCGAAAUGGUGGAGCUAUUCCGUAAUGCGCCACAAUAUACCAUACUAUUUCAGAAAUUCGUACGCUCAUAUCACUAUCACUUCGCCUAUCAGUGCCGGUUGAGCGAUUAUGGUUUUCUGAAGUUAGCCGACCUGAUGGAGGCCAUACAGGGCGUGGUGGAAAUGGAACAUACCAGCGAUGAGGAUAAGAAGAUCUAUUUAUCACCGAAAGUCGCACGUCGCGUCUUCGCCGAACAAUGUGAGGAGCUGGUGCACGAGUUGACUGGUUCGGCGCAAACUUGCAUGCAGUUGGAUGAGAUGCUGAAGUUGCAUAAAAAGAAAUUUGGCUAUCAAAUACUACCGCAAACGUUGGGCGUGCGCAGCAUCUCCGAAGGCAUCGAACUGAUGCCCCACAUUGAGUUAAUUGAAAAAGAGAAAGUGCUAUGGAUUAUUUGCCAUCGUGAUGAUAACAAAUUCCGUAAUCAAUGCUACCGCGCCUGUAAGCUUGUCUUGGCGCACGAAGUUAAUUUACUCAAUACGAGUAACGGCAAUGAUUCCAACGACGGCGAGGCAAAGGAAAAUAAUUGCAAAAGCUACACUUUGAGCGCUUUGAUUGAAGACUUCAAUAAAAAAUAUGAGGAACACAUCAAUGAGAGUGAGGUUAAGGCCAUGAAACAGAAAAUUGAGAUCUUCAAAGAGCAGGAAGUGUCUUAUGUGCGUAGCACAUCAUUUCUGAAGUUUUUACUGAGCAUUAUUCGUUUACUGGAGAAGAGAACUACAGUUUUGUUGACUGAAAUCAAGAACGCUUUAGAAUGUGGCAUUACAACUACCUUCGAAUUCGGUUUCCCAAAUCUGUUCUCUGUUGUAUCAGCCUACACCGAUAUCUUUGUGGUGAACGCGGGUCUUACCCAAGAACGCAGUGAAAUUUCUUUGCAGCCUAAUUGCGAACUCCACAUGAGCUCACUCAUAAAUCGCUCUGGUCUGCUCAACUCAGCAAAGCUACCGGCAGGCAAACAAAAAGCAUCACGUCCACUUCGACAGCCGCUUAGCGAGAACAAUCAUAGUCGCAGCUACAGUCAGCAGGGUCCACCGGCAAAAACGCGCGCACUUUCAAAGCCCAACGAGAACAGUGGCUAUCAGCCGGUACAAACUUAUAAAAGUAAGAUUCCUGUCGCUACAUUACAACUACCGACGAAAACGCAACGCGUCGCCGUACCAAAGCAGAAACCACAACCAGCAGCACAGGUGGUACAACCACAGCCGCCGCAACCGCAACAGCUAUCACAACAACAACAGCAGCAGCAAGUUAUGCAAGCUCACCAACAACAAAUGCAAAAACUCACCUAUGACUCUAACCACUUUGUACCAUUAACCGUCCACAUGAGCUUUAACGGUAAUAACUCAAUCUAUUCGGUCGCCUCACAUAACUCCAGCCUAAAUAUAUCUGCCUCAAGCUCCACCCACAAUCAUGAUAAUUCUUUCAACUCUUCCUUUGGUGCCCUUAACAAUUCGCUGAAUACUUCAUCGAAUUUGUCUUUGUCGGAGUUGAACUCAAAUCGAUCACAAUUGCAACAGCACGUAGAGCUGUCACAGGUGCCAGCUUCAACUAUGCCCCCCAACAUGAGCAUGGCUACAGCAGCCAAUAUCCAUAUGAGCAACAGAACGAAGCUAUGGGAUCGUCGUUAUACGGCUGCUAUGGCUGCUGCCGCGGCAAACGCUUCCAUGGCUUACCAGCAACAGCAACACCAGGCAACGUUGGCUGAGAAUGUUGCAGGAUUGCCAUCGUUAAUUAUGUCGACGUCGGAAAGUUUCGCCAUGGAUGCACACCGGCAGCAUCAAGUACAACAACAUCAGCUGCAACAACAACAACAACGGCAGCAUUUGCAGCAACAGCAACAGCUUCAUCAUCAGCAUCAAGUAUUCCAGUCGGCAAUGGAACAAUCGAUGGCGCUUGCGCAGGCCAAAAUUAAACAAGAGCCUACUUCUUAUGUCGCCGAGCCCAUGACCAAUAUCCACAUGUACCCGAUGUUUGAACCACCAAAGCCGGAUACACCGCCGUCGAAUGAUAUGCCAUUUUGGAUAGAUCCCAUUUGGUCACAUAACACCGCCGACCACGAAGCGGGACAAAAUGCCUUGCUCAACAUCAAAUUACCUGAACUAAAAAAUUUCAAUGUAUUACCAAUGGUAUUGUCACCCUAUACACUCUCUAAAGCCGAAAAUAUGAAGCAAAAAGUAUUUAAUUUUGAUAAUCACGAUCGAAAGAUAGCCUAAGUAAUAUUUGUAAGCAAAAGCUCACUCAAUUGUUUUUGAUUUAGUGAAGAAAAGUGAUCUCAAGGUUUGUGCGUCGCUAAGCGUGUCUCCAAAAUUCGAAUAUGUAGCCUUUAAGCCUUUUUAGUUAAUGCGCUUUUAAAUUGUUUAUAAGAAAAUUGUAAUGUUACCGCGACAUUGAAUUGAACUGUUCGUAUGUGUAGCAAAUAAUGAAGCGAUCAGAUUAAAAAAUAAUAUCUAAUAUUGUUAUUGUAAUAGAAAAAAUAAAUAAUAAAAAAAUACCUCGAAAAUGUUUGGUAGGGAACUAAAGAUAAACAAACGAAAUAUUUUAACCAUGCUCAAUUCAUUGUAACAAAUGUCUGCUUUUAAAUUAGGCAAAAAUAUUUAAAUUUCAUUUUUAAAUAUUAUAUCUUUUUGUAGUAAUGCUUAAAAAAAAAGAAAAAAUGUGUCCAAAAAUUUAGUGUAUAAGCAUUUAAGUUAAAUAAAUAAAACCGAAUGAUUGUAGUUAGAAAACAAAAAAUAUAAAAAAAAGAUGUGCAGUCAAAUUCAAGCAAUCAGAGGAUGUGUGAUGCUUGAAAAAGCUCUGCACUCAGUCAAGACGCUGCAAAAAAUGUAUGCUUUGUCGUAACUGAAUCUACAUAGUGCAGCGAUGGGCAGGGAGAGCUUUUGCUCUGUACGCGCCUAUACAAAAUGUAUAGAAAGCUUGAAAGAGCUUUGCCCGCGGGCAAGGCGGUGCUUAUCAAAAAAGAUAAGAGAGGAGAGAGAGAGCGAGGGAGAGCCAACAAUACUGUAAAAGAGAGGGCUUAGUAUCCGUCACGAAGCUUUUUAAAACUUUCUGCAGAUUUUACAAGUAUGGUUACAUCAGAACAUAUCCCACCGGGAAGGCUUUUCAAAGCUUUCUUUAAAUUUUUUGGUAUGUUAAAAGCUUCCUCUGGUCGUCGCAGGUACGGCGCCAGUCGUGGCCAAAACACAACCCAUGCAAGAAGCUGUUACGUAUAUGAGCACUCAUAGAGAAAAGGCUCUAUCUGGUCGUUUCUGGUUUAGACAGCGCAUUGCCCGAGUGCCGAGCUUGUUUAAGCUUUCUCCGGAUUUUGUAUGGAUAAAAGCUUUUUCUGCCCAUUACUGGUAUAGAGCGGUGAUGGGCAGCACCAUGCCCGCGAGCGGUGCUUCUUUAAGGUUGAGAUUGGUAUAGACCGGUGAUGGGCAUUAGGUUGCCUGCGGGCAAAGCUCUUUCAAGCUUUCUAUACUAAAUGCCGGUAUAGACAGAUCCUUUUCUUUUCUAACUUCUUUUCUUCUGUUAUUAAGACUUUAAAAUAAGUGCAACA